AUGACCACCACUGCCUUCAUCAGCAACUACAGAUGUAAGAACAGUCUGUGGAUCCCGCAACACUUGAAGAUCAACAUUCAGACAGGACAACAGCAGCAGCAGCAGGAGCAAUAUGAUCCAUGUCGACCCAAUCCACAUGCUAGCUGGUUGUCUCAAGCAUCUGCUAUCAAUGCUUUCGAUACAGCAACUACAUACAAGAUACAACUACGCCAAGCUUCUGCAGCAAUUCCAUCAGCCGAACGACCUCGUACUACUGUCAUCCGCGAAUCCACCUAUAACAAUCUCCAUGCACCCAUCUUCCAUGUCAGUGCUCUGCCGGAUAACAAUACGGUACCAGCUGGCGGUGGUGCCUAUGUUCCAGAAUUUGUACCUACUAUCCAUGAUCAAUCACGUCAAUCACCUGAGAUGGAUGCUUUUGGAGGCAACGGCGGCGGCGGUGACGGUAGCAAGCGAGGAAGCUGGCUCGUGAAGGGAAUUGCAGUACGAUGGCAGCAAGGGUCGGCAACGGGCGCACAUGCAUCUGACAUCACAACAACAACCGAUGCAAGCAGUGUCAAUAAUGAUCGUUCUACCUGA